GCAGGCUGAAUACACAAUUUUGCUUCCGGUAAAAGCUUCCGGAUGGAUGAAUGUGUUAGCCUCAGAUAUUCAAAUGAAUGCCUCGGCAAAGGCGAUAGCCUUCGAUGAUCGACCUCAGAUAGAAGUUGGCGCAUGCGAAGCAAAUGUUGGAAAUUUUGAUCUUGAAAUUGGAGGCGGUGUUCUGCCUUGGUUGGUCAAUUUGUUCCGAGCUGAUGUUUCACGUGCAGUUCAGAAAACUAUCCAUGAAAAGGCAUGUGAAGCUGCCCAGUCCAUUCUGCUUACCAACUUCAACAACUUCUUACUUUCUCUACCGCUACAUCUGCCAGUGGGUCAAGAUUUUUAUGUCGACUACGCUGUGGAGAAAAACCCUAAUUUUACGAGCAAAUAUGUCGAAGCUGAAGCUGCGGCCGAGAUAUUAUACGAAGACCACUCGUGUCAUCCAGAAAAAAUUGAAGGAUGGACA